AUGUAGGUAAUAUUAGGCUUUAUUUUAAAAUUUAAAUAAUAUUUUCAGCUUGUGAUGUAAAAAACGACAUUCGUAAUGGUGUAACCCCCACCAUUUGCUAACGAGUAACGUCUUUUUGAUUGAUGACGUCAUCAGUUUAUGUUUAGCGAGUGAGCAGUUACGAAAUUCACGAAAACCAUUUCCACGCUCACGUUUGUGUACAAUUUAUGUACGGCCUUUACAUAUUUAUAAAUUGUAACAUAUCAAACAUUAAAAAAUCUUACGACGUUUAUAUUCAGAGCAUCCAUGUGUAGUGUAUCUGAAAGUCAACGAGACGUUCGUUACGUUACUUUUGGCGGCAUCGCAUGAAGCCACAGAAAUAGAUUUCCUUGUGCAAUAUCGGUGUAUAUUGAAAUUUGGUGAACUUAAUUAAUUUUUGACGAUACCUCGCGAAGUCUUUCGUCAUAUCGUUUGGUGAGACCGAGGUGUAAUGAUGGUGUAAAAGAAGUAGUAACAUCAAGUCAGUAUCUCUGACAAAACAUGGAGAACCCGACGGUUAGCGGAUUGAGGUCAAGGUCUCGUUCGAAGACACCCUUCCUGCGGUCGAGCUGCGACCGUGAGAACUGCGUGGAGGGCGAGGAUCACCAGCACACGCACAAGUCUGGACGCAAGACUCCAGUGAAGAGAAGUACUCCAGUCAAGCAACUAAACCAAACUUCAAGCAAGGUGACUACAGAGACUAUAGCGGAAGACGAUGAGCCGUCGACCCCUGCGCACCGCACGCGACAGUCCACGAGGAAUGCCGCAGAAAACCUGGUCAAGACCUCCGACUACUCGUCAGACGAAAACCUGGACCGUCUGAAGGGGCAUAGGAAGGAGAUAUUCCAGAACGAGAUCAACAGUCAAUAUGAACGCGUGUCGACGAGCUCGCAGCGCUACACAUCGCUGUCUGACGUCACACUAAGCCCUAUUUACACGUCACGGAAUGUGACUCACGACCGCAGCUCAUCCCGCAUCGGCAGCCCGACGUACAGCGCGUGCUCCACCGACAGCUCCUUCGCUGAGCAGGCGCUCGCGGACACCAGUCUGCUGCUUGAGAUCAACCCGGACAGCGAACAUCUGCCUUCGAGACUCUAUAAGAUGGCGAGGGAGUAUUGGAACAAAUAUCCUAAAACGGACUACACAUACUCUCCCCUGUCCCGGGACCGCGUCGAGCUCGCACCCGGGCAGGUCGCGAUGCCGAACAUGUCGCGCCGCUCUCUGUCCCAGUUCCGCGUGCAGGGCCCCAACACCAGCGUGGACGAGUUAGACCGCCUGUCCGCCACCACCUCGUGGACGUCUAGCUCGCUGCGGCAACGGUAUCAGGCCAUAGACAGUUCGGAUGAUGAAACAGCGUACACCCACGGCAACGGCGGGAGCCUGCCGGUGGAGCAGCACUGGUGGAUCACGCGCCUGCUGCUCACCAUCAUUACCACCAUCACCACCAGCACCAGGAACACCUACCGAAGAAUCGUGGGGCCCUCCCACCGCUAUCCCUACACUGACCGCAGACCUGCUAAAGCGAGCCUACUGACCAGGAGCGCAGCAAUGGCGGCAGUUCCAUUCGUCUGGCUGUACACGCUUAUCCAGACAACUGUUACUACUACCGUUACGACGAUCACAGAAACCUUCACACCAAACCCAGCGAGUGAACAGAAGAAGUACAUAGCUCAGAGCUACAAAGAGAAAGAGAAGAUCGUUGCUAAGCGACGCUGGUGGCCGUGGUUCCUGCUGCUGAUGUUGCCCUGCGCCGCCUUCGGAUGGUACAACUAUGCUGAUCAGAUUCUGCCUCGAGACGAGAUCGUGGUGGAUGACUACAAGCCUCCGCAGAUCGUCCAAGACCCAGACUUGUCAAAACGUAUGGCGGCACUAGAAGGCUGGGCUGUCAACGUAGACAAUCGCUUGAAGUACUUUGAUAACAAACUCUCAAAAUUCGACAACUUUGAAGCUCAAAUCGAACAAUACUCGCUCAAACACUUACAACAGAACUUAAUCCAAGUGUUUACGACGAACGAGAAUUCCGAAGCCCUCUCUGCGAAGUUAAAACAGUACUUUGAUAAAGAAUACAUAUCUAAGGAACAAAUGCAGGCCAUGAGUCAAGAGAUUCACGAGCGACUUAUCAGUACUUGGAAACCAGAUAUGGACGAGGAUAGGAUACGUCAGCUGGUGCAGGAGUACCUGUCCGUGUUCGAGAGACGACAGAUGGAGGUUAUAGUGGAGAGGGUGAGGGAGUAUAUGAAGAAUGCGGAGGUUCAGAGUGUACAUAGCGGGAUGGACAUAGAGGCGGUGAAGCGAGUGGUCGCCGGCAUGCUGAAUGUCUACGACGCUGAUAAGACUGGCCUCGUUGAUUACGCUUUGGAAUCUGCAGGUGGGCAAGUGAUCUCGACCAAGUGCACGGAGCUGUACCAGAUCAAGACGAAGCAGUACAGCAUCCUGGGCCUGCCCGUGUGGUGGGUGUACACGUCCCCGCGAUACGCGCUCACGCCGGGCGCCAUGCCCGCCGAGUGCUGGGCUUUCCAGGGCUUCCCGGGGUACCUAGUGAUACGCACGUACGCGAUAAUAGAAGUGACGGGCUUCUCAAUGGAGCACAUGUCACGUCUGCUGGCCGUCGAGGGCAAGAUCGAGUCUGCGCCGAAGAACUUCUCAGUAUACGGCCUCCACGGCGAGAUGGACACCGACCCGCAUCUGUUCGGUAACUAUCAAUACGAUGCAAACAGCACCGCCAUACAGUACUUCCCAGUUCAGUAUCCUAAGACGACAGACAUCGGAGGCGUGGCCUACCCGGUCGCCUACGACACGGUGGAGCUGCGGGUGGAGAGUAACCACGGCAACCCCACCUACACCUGCGUGUACAGGUUCCGGGUGCACGGCAACCCGCUCUCCGACAUCCGCCGCGCCACCGAGGACAGCAUCAAGGACAGCGAGACGUAGCACACACUCACACUAUUCCUAAAACAACUCAGGUGCCACGGAAUGGAACUCUGUGACAGUCAAUAUCGUCCAAACAAAUUGUGUUCAAAUGAGGAUAGUAAUCAUUCCUAGGCUUAUUCAGUGUAGUGUAAAGUGGCCUUAUCUAUAUAAAUUUCUUAAUAUUUAUAGUACAAAAACUGUUGACUUUGUUAAGGAUGUACUAAGUAAGUUAUGGACGACCGUGUGCUUCGACCAGUGACGUUUUCAUUAUCUCUGAUACCGCACAAUGCCCGCAAUACGCUUAGUUGUUCUGAAUACUUUUUAACUGUAUUUAUAUGUAGUUUGUUAGUUUACUUUUAAGUUUUUAAUUAAGGUUUUGAUUUUAUAACUAGAUAUAUCAUUUUAAUUGUUGAUUUGGAAACGGUGUGAUCUAACACUAGUAUACUGAAUUUGAUUUAGGUAUCUAUUGUAAAAUACUACGCUAAUAAAAUAUGACCUUUUCAUAUUAACUCAAAGCCUAACUAAACUUAAUCAGUAGGUAAAACAAUGAACUGUUGCAAUUAUCUUUAAAUAUGAUUAAGGCGUAGUAUAAAACUAGGAUAUAUUUAUUUGGUAGCUACUAGUAUUAACCCUAGAAAG